UAGAAACAUUUGGAAAAAAGCUAGUAACACUUUGCCAAAGAUGUUCGUUUCCGAACUAAACGAAACCCAGCGCGCAACUUUCGAUCAGUUUAAAAACAACGUAAAAGAUUGUAAACUGCCCGACCCAAGCGAUAAUUACAUCCUCAAAUGGCUUGUAGCGCGAAAUUUCGAUUUGAACUUAGCCGAGAAAAUGCUGCGACACUCCGUUGAAUGGCGUCGUGCGAACCGCAUCGACGAAAUACUCGAUAACUGGGAGCCACCAAUCGCCCUCGUCAAAUAUUAUCCCUUGGGAAUAGUGGGUUGGGAUAAACAAUUUCGGCCAGUGUGGACCAUAGCAUUCGGCCACAUCGACUGGAGAGGAAUACUACAGUCAGUGAGCAAGCGCGAUUAUUUGCGCUACGUCUGCUAUUUAGUAGAAAAGGGAAUAGUGGAAUUUAAAAAGUGCUCAGAACGAGCCAAGAAACCCGUUUCUACUUCAACAUUCAUUAUCGACAUGGAGGGGCUAUCCAUGAGGCAGAUGGGUUACAAGCCAUUCAGGGACAUUGGAAUCGAAACUGUUAAAAUCUUGGAGGCCAACUACCCCGAAGAUCUUUCUAAAGUCAUCAUCAUCAACGCUCCCAAGCCGUUCACCUUGGUAUUCUCCAUGGUGAAACCAUUCCUUCAUCAGGUGACGCUCGACAAGAUUAGCGUCUAUGGCUUCGACAAGAACGAGUGGAGCGCUGCUUUACUGAAAGAAAUCGACGCCGACCAGUUACCUGUAUACUACGGCGGCACAAUGGUCGACGAGAAUGGCGAUCCCAAAUGUUCCAGCAAAAUCAGCAAAGGAGGAGAAGUGCCGCAGUCUUAUUACCUGGACAUAGUCAAGCCGACGCCUAAGAAGAACAUGACCUCCAUCUCUGUAGCCAGUGGCAGCAAGAAGAAGCUGGAAUAUAAAAUCAUCCAAUCGAAUUCGGUGCUCAGGUGGGAGUUCAUGACGGAGGACGGCGAUAUUGGAUUCAGCGCUUAUUACGUGGAGCGAAUUGGAGAGAAAGUCGAUCUGAUGUCGAGCGAGAGAAUCCAAAGUCAUUUGAUGAUGGAAGAGGGCGAACUUUUUUGUGUCCGCCCUGUACUCUAUGUCUUAGAAUUUGACAACAGCUACAGUUACCUCCGCUCCAAAAAAGUUUGGUACAAUGUCGCCGUCGACCUGCCCGGAUCGUCGUCAUUCCAGGAAUACGCUAAAAAAUGAAAAUUGUUGAUUAACUUUUUGAUUUAACAAAAUGCUGUGUGUAAAUAAAAAUUCGUAGGUUGAGGGAAAAGAAAAUACGAUAAGGAACAUUUAGCUAUAGAUUGUUAAGGACUGAUAAUGACUGAGUACUCUACCCUAAAACAGUUAUUUACAUUUAAAAAAAAAAACAUAUUUACGCGGAAUACAAAUUUUAAUAUU